UAACUGGAGACAACCAGUCGACGCCGGCAAUUAAUCACUUUCAAACAAUGAACUACAAUGUUCCCUGAAUCGCGCCAAACUUACUGCCCGCCGACAAUGGGGUUGAAUCCUUUACUUUUGGACCAUAAAGGUUGACGUUGCCGCCUGUCAAUGAACAGGACCAGCUGUCUCUCAAAGCCAUUCACUCGUUCAUCUUCAGCUAAAACCUCGAUUCCAACUCAGUCAGUCAUUCUUUACCAACAAAACCAACCAUCAAAAUGAUGUUCCUUCACUCGCUUAUCGUCGGCGUCUUCGCCAUCGCCGCCUCCGCCGCUCCGGCCCCGACCCCGCAAGGAGAACCCGCGCAAGACCGCUGCGCCGGCGUCGCUUGCCCCGAAAACUCCUACUGCAAAGUGUUCGACUUCCGGUUGGAGCACCCAGUCGGUUGCCAAUCCAAUGGCACCGUACCAGCCGAUGCAGAGACUUGCGGCACAGUCAUCUGCCCGACAGGAACAACAUGCUGCAACUCGCCCUGUGGUGUGUGUGCGAAACCUGAGGAAACAUGCUUGCAAUGGGUCUGUUAAGUGGUGGGAUCACGGAUGAGAUGGGACAUUUUGGGAAGCAAUACGGAUACCAGGUCAUUGUCAGGAGUUCAGGCGCCCCCUUGGUCAUCUUCAAAUCUCAACCACAAACAAUAUGAUUCGAGUACCGGAGAAUUGAGCAUUUUUCAUUUCAA